AUGCAUCCGCUCAAGGCCGCCUACAACGCGCCCGUGUUUACUGUGCUGAAAGAACUGGCGCGGUCGUCCUUCCAAGCCCCGUCGUGCUCGACAUCGCCCUUGCCUGUCCCAGAACUAUAUGGCAAGCUAGACUUACCUAGAGGGCCACUCUAUGCAACCACGCAGCAAUUAGUAGCCGAUCUCUACAAGCUCAUAUGCAUCAACGCGACCAAGCAGCCCAUCGAAACUGAAGAUGCAAACGCCGUCGACGCUCGCGUUGUACUUGUUGCGCAUCCGAGAACUGGUCAGCCAAAUGCUCCUCCAGCUGACACCACUCCAGAGCACGAGAUGCAGGGUCCAGCCAUUGACAUUCAUACACUGGCUCGAUCUCCCAGGUCUUGGGAUGUUGUUUACUCUGUUGAAAGUGAAGAGGGGGAGCGCGUUUUACAAAGCUUCAUAUCUCUUUCAAGCACUCCAAGGAAAACAUCAAGGGUACGUGGGGGCAUUGUGACAGUCGAGAAACCAUUGAGCGAAAUCGCACCAAUGGCCGACUCUGUCAACCACCUCUCCGUCGCGGUCGGCGGCACAUUCGAUCACCUGCACAUUGGUCACAAGCUACUUCUUACCAUGUUCGCCUUCGUUCUUGGGAGAAGACAGGCGUCCGAGCAAACACCGAGCACACUUACCGUCGGCAUCACUGGGGAUGCACUACUCAAGAACAAGAAGUUCGCUGACCAUCUGGAGAGCUGGAAGCGUCGACAGGAGUCGACUCACGAGUUCCUAUCUUCCAUCAUCUACUUUGGCCCAUUCGAUGACGCACGUGUCCGUAUGCAAGAGCUGAAUGAACCUGGACCAAACGGCCACGCAGUUCAUGUCAUUUACCCAUUUGGUCUUACUAUUAAAUACGUCGAGAUAUGGGACCCCUUCGGUCCAACUAUAACUGACAAGGACAUCACCGCUCUUGCGCUGUCGCUUGAAACCAGAGGCGGCGGUGCGGCUGUGAAUGAGAAGCGUAGAGAGCAAGGUUGGGGUCCGCUGGAAGUUUUUGAAGUUGCUGUUCUCGAUGCCAGCGAAGAGCAAAGCCUAGAUGAGUCUUUUCAGAGCAAGUUGAGCAGCACGGAAAUACGCCGAAAGCGCCAUGAACGCAUGAUGCCGAAAGCGAAAGCCUGA